GAAUGGUGCAAGUCCCAAGCAAGAGCAAUGUGCUGGGCAGAGGAGAUAGAAUUGUUACAGGAGGAGAUGCAAAGGGUGCUACAGUUUUUCAAUUGGCAAGCCAACUGGUGGGACAAGCAGCAGGACCAACUCGUCUGUGAGACAGUGGCUCAACAUGAGGGCUUGAUAGCAUAUGCUAACAAACAGGCACACAUUUGA